UAAAGAGGAAGAUAUCACACAGAAGUAGGAAGUUACCAUCGCUCGCCAUAACACCCGUGAACGGCCGUGCUCCUAUCCCUAGCCUUCACUCCCUUCGCUGUGGUUGUGUGAGCGAGGAACCUCAUUCUCCAUUACUGUGACUUCGUUUUAAAGACUUCAAGAUGUUGUGGGAACCUUCAGGAUGCUGUUGCUUCUCUCUUAGGACUGGAAGCCUGGUGAUGGCUUCCAUAGUCAUAUUUUUUGGAACAUGCAGCAUGCUCUAUAUCGGUGGGUACCUUGCGACUCAGGACUUGGACAGUAGUUUUCUGGAAAUCUGCAAGGAAGAGGAGAAUAUCCCAGACUGCAUAACAACGUUGAGGAAUGCUAGUUAUGGGAUCAUUGGAACCAGGUUUGUGUUGGACCUUAUUCAGGUGACAUUCAGCAUCCUCUUGAUCCAUGGUGUCCUGAAGAACAAGACUCGUUUCCUGGUGCCCUACAUGAUCAUGAUCUUAGUUGGCAUCUGUAUUCUCAUAUUAACUGCUCUGGCAAUGAUGGGCGUAAUGAUGUACGAGGGCCUUUGGAGGGGAGUGUUCAUUAUUGCCAUUAUUUUUGGGGCUGUUAUCUUCCUCGAAACCUAUUUCCUGUUGGUGAUUCGUGCGCUUUAUCUCCAGCUGAAGCGUUCCAAGGGACAGGCUCACGUGAUUCUGACAGAAGACACAAAUUCAGAAAAGGUGAAAGCUUAAGAUGUCACAACCUGAAUUGGGAAACAGCUUAAAGUCAUGUCAAAUUACACCACAUAUAUGGACCAAAGCUUUGAAUAUGAAAAUGGCAAGAAUAUGUAAGUGGAGAUGAACAGGUCAGCAGAACUAUGGGUGUAGUACAUAAACUAUAGACUACUGUAAAUGAUUUUUCGUAGUAUUUAUUAGAUGUCUGGUCCAGAGAGAGUCUGUCUUACCUAUGAUUAUCAUUUUGAGUGAUACUGAAAUGUGAAAUUUGUGUGUGUGUGUGUGUCUCUGUGUGUUUUAUGUAUGUAUGAGUAUAUAUAUAUAUA